AUGGAAGGAUUGGCGGCUGCUGGUGGAGUUAUCGCCGUGGUUUCAUUGGCAGGUCAAGUCACACAAGGCUGCAACUAUUUACACAGCGUUUUUGAGGACGCAAGAGAUGCUCCCGUAGAACUUCGGCUGCUCAAUAACGAGAUUUCUAUCAUAAAGAGCAUUUCCACAAAGUUUACAGCCUCAAUACCAGAUAACCCUGAACAUCUUGCCGCUUUGGACUUUUGUAAUGAGUCAAUUCACAAACUACGAGAUGUGGUCGAUAAAUACGGUAUCUUGACAGACGUUGGAAAAUAUAUGAAGUGGGGACCAAGGCUCGCAUUGGCUCUCAAUACUAGUAAGAUCUUGAAGCAUUUGAACCGUCUAAGAGAAGCCAAAGGACAUCUCGAGCAUUUACACAACGCAUCCAGACACGAUGAAACAAAAUUAAAGAUAGAAAACCUACGGAACUCGAUCCAACAACUCAAUUUAUCCAAUUCGCAGAUUUCCGCAAUUGUUAAUUAUUCACACGCGAAGGUAGACGACAUUGUUAGUACAGCCAAGGAGACAAGGCUCAUUUUACAAAACAUGGCAGACAAGUUUGUAAAGCAAACAGAGCGAAGCCUAGAAAGCGAUCAUCUAAUUGAGAAACGUGUCGUGGAUGCCGUGGAAUUAAUACUCGAAAAUUUGUUGAAGAAACAUUUUCGAGAAACAAUAGACUUACAGUCAUCAUCUUCAAACCGUUCACCUCAUCUUGAAGCAUGCCAUCAUAUGCCACCGAGCAAUCUGAAAUCCUGGAAUCCAUCUCUGGAAAACCCUUCCAUCAUCAGCCAAAAGUCUGAGCUUGAGUGUAUCUUGGCAAAAUUGUCAGGAGAAAUCCAAACUGUGGAAUGUCCAGACUUUGAACGCACAUCAAAAUAUAGCACACGGAUUGGUCAAGUUUUAAUAAGGACUGUAUCAAAGACAUAUAUAACCCUUGAUGAGAUCGAGAUGGAGAAUAUACAAUUCAACCCAUCACCGAUGCUGAAUGCCCAAGAGUUAUCUUCUGUCGACGAGUUUCCUAUCACGCUUACGAGAACAGAGAUUCUCCUACUUCCAGGAUUUUGGGAACAGGCUCGAGGUGCGACAAUCAAGUUGCAUGAGAUUGUUAGGCCUUCCACGAUUGACUCAAGUUUGUCAUUACACAUGAGAAGUUUCUCGGAUCUCGGAUCGCAACUACCAAAAGACUUGAAUGAGAGAGUAGCGGCUGGUAAUAUUUUUGACAAUGAAUUUACUGUCUCACAAUCCACUGGUGUCAAAGUCACCGCAUCUCCGUCCCUGCUUUACACUGCAUUCAAAGCUGUCUUUGUUGCUCAAGGAGUGCGUCAUGGAAAGGCCAGGCGCAGGAAAUCCCGAAAACCAAGACGUUCAACUUCUCUUCUUCGUCAAUCCCUAGACAGUGAAGUAAACGAUGUGAUAGAGCUCAUUGCACUUUGGACUGAAAGUAAAUUGAGUCUAGAGUACCAGGAAAUGUUCAUGAACGAGUCAAAAGGAACAGGAAAAACACAGGAGUCUGUAUCUCAACAGGCUAUCAAUAGACUAUCAAAUAUUCAAAGGCUGCGGCAUGAAUACGUCCAUGAUUUGGUGAUGGAAAUACACAACUCAUAUGAUGCAGGCAGUUGUCAAAUAUGGUAUUCUUUAAAUCCCGUUCAUACAAAGUAUGAGGCUCGAUACUUAGCUAUAGCAUCCCCAGCGCCUGUCAAUAUCUUUGGAUACAAAUUCAUCCUUGAUGAAAUCGCGUCGAAGUACGCGAACAAUGAAGAGCUUCCACCAUGGCAGAUAAAUUUGGUUUGGUAUAAACAAAUUGUCUGUUAUUUCUUGAUGUCUUUAUCAGGCUUGAGUAUUCUCGAAUGCGAACUCUUAGAUUAUAUCUUCCACCGGUAUUUCUUUGAGAUUGAAUCUAUCUUGUGA